AUGCGGACGACGUUGGCACAGCGCCCGUUUCAGCGGGUUGCGGCAGACAUAUUGGAGUUGCCGGUCACGUCGAGAGGAAACCGCUAUGUUCUGGUGGUGGAAGACUAUUUCACCAAACGUUUGGAUGCUGCUUUUCGCCAGAGUCGCGAUAACAGUGUGACUGCGAGUGACAAACAGAGGACCUUUUAUGACACCAGAGAGAGACACAGGCCUUACGAAAUUGGGGAUUUAGUGUGGCUUCAUGACCCAACUGAGAGCCGCCGUAAAUUGGCCCCACACUGGAAGGGGCCUUACAUUAUUGAGCGGAGACAGGACCGUGACGACGUGGUUGGGGUUACAUAUGUGAUUGGAAGUCCAUUUGGGGAAGAAGCCCCCAAACAGACAAUUCACUAUGAUCGACUACGUCCCUAUUGUUUGCCGAGUCCUGUUCCUUUGGCUGGCCCACCGAGAAGUGCCGCUCUAAGUACACAGGGCCCUGUGACCUACGAUGCACUCUCCUCACACGGUGAGCCUGCUGUGUCCACCCCUUCGCCAGAGAGGGAACAGGACCCUAUUGGUCGUCAGGUGCAGGUGUCGCGUUCUGGACGACACAGUAAGGCGCCUGGAAGUUAUGCUGACUAUGUUAUGGGUUAA